AUGGGAGGAUCAGAAGAUGGGUGUGCAAUCAAUAUUUUAAAAAAAAAUGAACAUGGAUUCUGGGAGCUCAACGACGACGCUGUUGAAAAUAUUCUUUUAUCUGAGGAAGUUAAAGAUGAAAGGGUGGCUGUAUUGGGUAUUGCUGGCCCUAAAUGUACGGGAAAAAGCUAUUAUUUGGAGAUUCUAUUGCAAUAUUUGAAGGCAACCAAGAAAGAUCGUCGAAACGACGAAUGGUUUCAGCCAACAGAUUUCUCAUCAAAAUUUGGUUACAAAAAAGAACUAAAAAGAGAGAUGUCGGGUAUAUGGAUGUGGUCUAAGCCAUUUUUGUUGAAGGACUGGGAGGGUGAAGCAGUCACAGUAUUGGUAAUGGAUACAGAAGGUUUUUUUGACGAGCAAUCAAGCAAUGCAGACUGUACAAUUAUUUUUGCUUUGUCAAAUUUGCUGUCUUCUGUUCAAAUGUUUGCCAUCAAAGACAGACUAUGGCUUGAUUCAAUGAAGCAUGUAGAGGUAUUCUCGCAGUAUCAAUCACAUGCUAAAAAGCUAGAAAGAAAAAUUCCAUUUCAGGUUCUUCAAAAGACAACAGACGAGACUCGAGAUAUUUGCAAGAAGAUAGAAACUUGUUUGGAGAAAUAUGCAUGCUUCCCAGUGGCUCGUCCUGUACUAGAAAUUGCUCAGGCAGUUAAAGGCUUUACUAUUGAACCUAGAGAAGAUUCAUUGCUACAAGUGAAAUCGCUAAUAAAAGAACUUCUUUCGAGAGAUUACUUGAUAACAAAGACAGUAGACAAUGAAGAAAUUACCUGUGAAGAUCUUUUGACGCUUCUCCGUACUAACGGAGAGGCUAAAAUCGAGAAUGUGGUACGUCGCUGUAAGGACUACUACGAUGACAAAAUUACCGAGUGUUCGCUGCAUCAAAAAAUGUCUACAGAAAACUUCAGGAGACUACAUGAAGACGCAAAGGCACAUACUCUUAGGCGAUUCACGACAGAAGCUCGCUUUGAUCCUGAUACAUCAGAAAAGGACGAAAAUUACAGCAUCUGUAAAAUUCGUUAUGAGCAUCUGCAACAGUAUAUUGAGGAUCGAUGUGAUUUUAUUGAAUCGGUUGAGAAAGGAGACAUCGACAGAUUAAGAGAAAUUCUUCAAACGCUUCGAAUAUGUGAAGACUCCUGUACCUACAGAAUAGAAAAAUUUAUAAGAGAAUGCGGUGAGAAUAUGACCGUUGAAGAUGUUGACAGGAUGCAUAGUUGGCCAUUUCAGAAAAGAUAUGGAGAGAUCGAUAAAGUGGGAGAAAUUCAGAAAUUGCUCCGUGAAUGCGAAGACCACUACACCUCCGAGAUGAGCAAAUUUAUAGAGAAAUACGGCAAGGACAUCACCGAUGCUGAGGUGGAGAAUAAACAUGAAUGUUUAAAAAAUGAAUGUUUGGAGAAGCCGAAAAAGGAAAUUGAAAAAGUCGUUCCCGAGUCGUGCAAAAAAUGGCUUGACGCAGCUGCGAAAUCUAUAGAGGCUAUAUUUUUACCAUUUUUGAUAUGA